CUAUAUAACACGCAGCAUAACCCACUCCCCAUCAUUACCACCAAGCUUCUGAGUGUUUUACAGAGACAAUAAAUGGCGGAAGAGUUGCAGGUCUUGGGUUUCUGGGCAAGCCCCUUCAGCCGCAGAGUGGAGCUUGCUCUGAAGCUCAAAGGCGUCGAAUACCAACACAUCGAGGAAGAUUUGCCCCACAACAAGAGCCAUUUGCUCCUCCAAUACAACCCAAUUCACAAGAAGGUUCCUGUCCUAGUCCACCAUGGAAAACCCAUUUCUGAGUCUCUUGUGAUCCUCGAAUACAUCGAUGAAAUCUGGAAAAACAACCCCCUGUUGCCCCAAAAUCCGUACGAACGAGCUCUGGCUAGGUUUUGGGCGAAGUAUAUUGAGGACAAGGUUGUGGUUGCGAUGCUGAAGGCUGCGAAAGCCAAAAUUGAAGACAGGGAAAAGGGGUUGGAGGAAGCAGGGGAGGCGUUGGAACCGCUUGAGAAGGAGCUUGGAAGCAAGAGGUUCUUUGGGGGAGAGAAGAUUGGGUUUGUGGAUGUUGUUGGCACUGUGGUAGCUUACUGGGUUCCUGCCAUUGAUGAAGCUGUUGGGAUUCAGAUGCUGGGAACUAACAGGUUUCCGAAUGUGAAGAAAUGGAGUGAAGAGGUUGUGAAUCAUGGCGUCGUGAAACAGAUUCUGCCGCCAAAAGAUAAGCUCGUGGCUUAUUUGCGAACUGUUCUAAGAAGUAACUAGAGAUUGGAUUAUGUUAUCAUGAACGCUUUAUCUUUGUGCUUGGUUUUAAAGUAACGAAAGCUAUUUUAAAUAACGAGAAUUCGGGUAUGUUCUCAUUUAGAUUGUCGAGAUGGUGUCACGAUUGUACUUUCUGGGGUCUUAUUACGCGAGGGUAGAGUGUUUACU